AAGGUCACACGCAUCGCCGGGGCUGCUCGUCUAAAGCCGAGCGAGAAAAUGCGAACCAGUUAAUAGAGGUAUAGCAACUUUAUACACUUGGCCACUAACGUUACGGAAGAAAACUACUCGAUGCUAACACGUAUUUAUUAAGCUAGCGUUCGACGAAGUAGAGACCCGCUGUCAGAAACUAGCCUAGCCUGUCAGCUAGCUUCUCUUAAAACCAUAAAUAUCAACGUUACGUCUUCACAUGACCACCACUAUGUUGAGGAGGCUCCACAGCCGCUUAGGACGCGUCCUCUCUCCCGCUCACCUGUGCACAAGAAGUCAGUCCUCAGCCACAGCAGAGCGAAAACGGUUUUAUCAAGACGUCAGUAUAUCGCAAGGGGAAGGUGGUUUGUAUGAGAUAAACCUGGACAGAAGGAAAUUGAAAACGCCGGGAGGGAAGCUGUUCACAGUGCCAAAUGAGGCCCUGGCCAUCGCCGUGGCAACCGAGUGGGACGCCCAAAGGGACACGCUGAAGUUCUACACCAUGCACCUGAGUACACUAUGCAACACCGCUCUGGACAAUCCCACCCAACGUAACAAGGACCAGAUGAUCACUGCGGCCCUGAAGUUCCUGGAGACUGACACUGUCUGUUACAGAGUCGAUGAGCCCAACGCCUUGGUUGAGCUGCAGAAGAAUGAGUGGGACCCUGUGCUGCACUGGAUGGAAAAAAGAUAUGAUGUCACCAUUGGGUCCUCGUCCAGUAUUUUGGGUCCUGAGAUCCCAAACGCAACCAAAGACACUUUCCGGCAACACCUGACUUCUUACAACUUCUGGUCCCUGACAGGUCUUGAGUAUGUGAUCACCCAGCUGAAGUCUGUUGUGUUGUCCAUGGGGAUGAUUGACAGACAUCUGACCGUGGAACAAGCUGUGCUGCUCUCCAGACUGGAGGAGGAAUACCAGAUUGGGUUCUGGGGGAACGUGGAGUGGGCCCAUGACUAUGACAUGUAUGAGCUGAGGGCACGGACCGCAGCUGGAGCUCUUUUUGUUCACCUCGCAUCGGAGAGUUCGACUGUCAAGCGCAAACUAAUGCAGGACUGAGAUGGAUGAGCUCAAGCAAAAAAAAACAUCAAGUGUGCCCUCAAACCGAGAACACACCAAGCAACUCUGUAUCUGUGCUUCUGUUUCUAUUGAGACAAACGACACAUGCUGUCUGCUCUGUUUGGCAGUGAUGUUUAUGGAGUCAACAUUUUCUGUUUUUAUGCAGCGUUAAAUAGUGAGUUUCCAGUCAUCCGUAACCUGUUGGACCCGCUGCGUGGUUUCAACAGAGCAGUGACUAAUGUUGUUGUCUGUUUGGUGGUGGAAUGUUAAUUCCGCGUCUGCUUUUGCACUGUGCCACAUUUGUACGGUGCAAAGGACAAAUUCUACACCAACGGCAGACUUUCCAUUCUAAUUGUGCCGGGUACAGUGUUUGGUCUGCAAUACAUGAAACGUACUGCGUUCAAAUUAUUUUCUGUAGUUAAUAUUGACCUUAUCCAUGUUGUAUUUAUUUUGUCAUAUUCAGUUUGAGUUGUGUAUACAGAUACCGAUUCAUUAAUAUAGUCUCCACUUGCAGUUGUAUUUCUUCUCAAAAGAUCCAAUUGAAAAGUAGACGGACUCUUCAUACAUCAGUCAUUUCAAUGUGCAACGUGUAAGGUCUUGUUACUAUUACUGUUGAAACUCCACCUUUUGUAAGCAAAAUGUCAGUAAAGAUUAUAGUGAACUAAAGUCCAAACAAAGCCUA